AUGAUAUGUCCUUCAUUACCAACAUUGCAUGAUAAAGAAGAAGUUGGAUUUUAUGCAGGGAAGAAGAAAAGUGAACAAGCAAUCAAGCUCGCAGGCAUCGUGGAUGAGCAGAAACAAAACCUACUACUCCUAAUGAAGCCAGUAGUACUCAUCAACAUUAUGAUUUUCUUUCUCGUCAUCGUCUCUGACGCUUCCGCCGCAGCUCCUAAAAAUCUAGACAGUGUGGGGGUCUAUUGGGGACAGGACGGGCCAGAGGAGGGAACACUUCGCAGUGCAUGCAAUACAGACCGAUACUCCCACGUCAUAGUAGCCUCCCUGACCAAUUUAGGAACAGGCAGAACUCCAAAACUUAACUUCACCGGCCACUGCAACCCCACAAACUACACCUGCAAUAUGAGCGACGACAUCCGCUUUUGUCAGAAAAGUGGAAUUAAAGUCAUGCUUGCCAUUGUGAGUGAUCCUCUAUCCUCAAGGGAUGACGCCAAAAAUGUCUCCAUGUACCUGUGGAACAACUUUCUUUCCGGCCGGUCGGAAUCUCGCCCAUUUGGUGAUGCGGUCCUGGACGGGAUACAAUUCAUGAUCCAGCAGCAGGACCUCCCAUACUAUGAUGACUUGGCUAAGUUUCUAUCAAAUUACAACACUUCUACUUCUUCUUCAAGUGGAAAUCGGCUUUAUCUGGGAGCGGCACAUCCUUGUCCAACUCCGGGGAGCACAUCAAUGGGGAGUGCAAUUAAUACGGCAUUGUUUGAUUUUGUUUCCAUUGAAUCCUCCUAUUCCACUACCAAUAGCCGCCAGUGCGACUAUAACGGAAACAUAGGCGAGUUUAUGAAUUCGUGGGAGACAUGGACCACAAUGAUUCCCGCGGGAAAGAUAUAUCUGGGUCUGCCAGCAUCUCCCCAGGUGGCUGAAAGUGGGUUCAUUCCCGCCGACGUCCUGAAGUCAGAGAUCCUGCCUGUGGUGACCAAGUCGGCCAGGUUCGGAGGAGUCAUGGUCUGGUCCAAGUUCUGGGAUGAUAAGACAGGCUAUACCGACCAAAUCAACACUUCUGUCCGUUAGCUAAUAUUUGAACUACCAGGUAAAUUUAACUAUAAUUACAAGGUAAAGGUUAGCUGAAAGAUGUUUGAAAAUUUAAUACAUCCCAGUUUAGGAUGUAUAGG